ACCCACCGGCCAGCUCAGCCCCUCUCGACGCUCCCCGUUUUGGCUGAGAAAGAAGCACCGGCGGGAGCGAGGAGCGCAAGGCCCGGCCUCCAGGCCUCCCAGUCACAAGCGGCACAGUGGCGAAGGGGAGAUGUCGGACCUCGGGGACUGGUUCCGGAGCAUCCCGCUUAUUACCCGCUACUGGUUUGCAGCUUCCAUCGUGGUGCCCCUCGUCGGCAAGCUAGGCCUGAUAAGCCCCGUUUAUCUCUUCCUGUGGCCCGAUGCCUUCAUCAACCGCUUCCAGAUCUGGAGGCCAAUAACUGCCACAUUUUAUUUCCCUGUUGGCCCAGGGACAGGCUUUCUGUAUAUGGUGAAUCUCUAUUUUUUGUAUCAGUAUUCAUCACGUCUGGAAACAGGUGCUUUUGAUGGAAGGCCUGCCGACUACGUGUUCAUGCUGCUGUUUAACUGGAUAUGCAUAGUUAUUACUGGCUUAGCAAUGAAUAUGCAAUUGCUGAUGAUCCCCCUGAUCAUGUCAGUACUUUAUGUUUGGGCCCAGCUGAACAGAGACAUGAUUGUGUCAUUUUGGUUUGGGACUCGGUUUAAGGCAUGCUAUCUGCCAUGGGUUAUCCUGGGAUUCAACUAUAUCAUUGGAGGCUCCAUCAUCAAUGAACUGAUCGGCAACCUGGUUGGUCAUCUGUACUUUUUCUUAAUGUUUAAAUACCCAGUGGAUUUGGGAGGAAGAAAUUUUCUGUCAACGCCUCAGUUUCUGUACAAUUGGCUGCCCAACAGAAGAGGAGGGGUAUCUGGAUUUGGGGUUCCUCCUGCCAGUAUGCGAAGACCCGCAGAUAAUCGCCAGGGAGACACAAGACACAAUUGGGGCCAGGGCUUCCGGUUGGGUGAACAAUGAAAGAAAAAAAAACUUUCUGCUUUAUUUUUUUUUCUUCUUUUCUGUGAGGAACAUCUCCGACAACACAUGGGAAUGUUCCUUGCUGUGGAGGGUAUUCAAGGACCAGGUUUGCUCUAGUGUUGUUGGCUCUGACCCAUUACGAAUUCUUGUUUGUUCCUGGUGGAAGACAACAUAACUGAAGAGACAAGAUAGAUUUUAUUCCAAGCCAUUAACUUGUUUAAUUCACUGCUGCCAUUAAAAAAAAAACAUACAUUUUUAAGGGUGUCCAACACAGUGUACUUUCUAUAACUGCUCUCUCAAAGGAAUUCAUGUUUGUCAAUUGGUCUUCUAGGCCUCAUUUCAUGUAAGAGCCCUACGAAAACCUUCCUGACUCCAAUUUGGGGUCAAAAAAGUUGUCUGAGACUUUUCUUCCUCCAGUUUGAAUUAAUUAAAAUGUUCAAGUCCACAGUAACGCUAAGAAAACACUUCAGGUAUCGACAGUUGCAUUUCUCUUUAUUUUGGAAGCAACUUUUUUUUUAAAAUGGACUUUUGAGUGACAAGUACUAUUUAGCUAAAUCAAAUUCGAUUGGUAAUGGAUUCUACCUGGAACCACCAAGCAAAGGAAGAAAAGGUUUGGCUGAGUAAUGCUACUUUUUAAUUUGCAAACUUAUUGCAGCCUCUGUCCUCCCAGCAUAGCAAAUGUGGUGCAUUUUAAAUGCCCAGUUCUAUGUGCACUGACUUUGGAGCAAGUCCUAUUGAUCCUGAUUUUGAUGGGGUUUAAUCCUAUGCAUAUUUAAUUGGAAAUGAGGAAAAAAAUGUGCUCUGUUGCCUCAAAUGUAUAAUGGUGGCUUUGGUGUGUGUAUCCUGGCAUGAAGGACUGGGGAAUGCUUCUCUUCUUGCACAUGAGUGUGAGGACAGACUGAAUGCAGAAAAAUCUCUUGAAUGAUUAAUGUAGAAAUACCUCUUUGUAUAAUGCUAAAAGCAACAGGAAUCAGAUAGCUGAGCUUAAUAAAACAUACUAACU